GCACCGAGGACUCAGACGUGUCAAGAGUCGAAUAGCAGUCCCCUCGUCGCAGAGUCUGACGUUUCUCUUCUCCGGUUCCAAGCAAAAUGAUUUCUGACGUACAACUUGCUGUGUUUGUCAACAUCCUAGGAGUGUCCCUCUUCCUAAUGGUGGUUCUUUAUCAUUAUAUUGCUGCAAAUAAUCCAAAGACCCACUAACAGCACUCUUUGAGUGUUAUUAUGCAGUAUGAAAGAAGGAAUGAAAGUUGUAAGGAAAUAGAAGUGAGAGCAUAAACAUGGUAAAGAGGUAUUAUUGUGAUUACUGUGACCGAUCAUUCCCCUAUAGUGUAGAGGCACGUAAGAAACACAUCAAUGGAUACCAACAUCAGAAGUUAAGGACUCUCCAUUAUAACCAGUUUAAAAAUUUUUUAACUUUGUUGAUAGCUGCAAGAGAGAAGCUCCAAGAGGAAUUAGGGAAAGAGAAGUGCCGUCGUUUCUAUUCAGGCCAAGAAUGUUCUUUUGGGGAUGCCUGCAUAUAUUCUCAUUUAACAGUUGGUGACCUAAAUAAAUUAAAGGAAGAAGUGUAUCAGGAAAAUGAGGCAAAACAAUGCAGCCAGCUUCAGUCAGAGAGGGGAGACAGCAGUGAACCAUCACUUAAGAAAUGGAUAACUAAGAAGUUGGAGGGUGGGGAUUCUGAUCCCAAGUUCAGCAUCCAUGAUGAAACUGAAUGGGAAGUGGUGUUUAAAAAUUCAUCAAGAAUGCAAAGUGUGGCAUCCCUUCCACCAUCCCUAAUUCCUCCAACACCAGACAGCCUUUUAGAAUGUGACCUUCAAGAUUGGGGUUAGGGAUAUUUGAGAAGCUCUGAACCUAAAUGUAUUAUUCUCUCACUUCAGAUUUAUGGAUGUGUAUUUCAUUUACAAAAUAAAACAAAUUUAAGCACAAAAAA